UUAAUAAAUUAUGGAUUCAACUAAAAAUUAUUAAUAAAUUAAUGACUCAGCUUAAACAUAAUUAAAACAUGACAAAUAAGUAAAAUUACUUAAAAUUAUGAAAAUCAUGACAAAUAAGCUAAAUCACUUCAUAAAUAAUAGUAUAGAUAGAUAAUCCAGCGAGAAGAAUUGACACAUAAAUGUUUUGCUUUUCAUUGUAUCAAUUUUGUAAAAUUUUACGUCAAGCGUUGCUAGUGGCUUGGAAUUUACAACAGAAAAUUUGAAUUAUACUAGUGACCAUCCCAGCCCAGUCAAUAGUAUUUGUGGUUUUAAUACCAACAAUUAAGAACCCAAUUGAACCAUGUAACAUGAACCGACAUAAUGUUCCAGAAAAAAGACGACUUUCUUUUGCUAGUAUCAUUCACGUUCAGACCCGAACCAGAGUCUUAGAAGACCAGACAGGAAUCUCUGAGUCUCUUAGCUUUUGUGUCCUCUUAGAAAGAUAAUAUUGUUUUUCUUUUGCUUUUACUUCAGAAGCAAUUUAACUCAAUUCUUAAUUUUGAGGAUAACUGGUUCCUGAUUUAGAGAAGAACUACAAGGAAACUGGUUAUUUGUUCAAAUGGAAUCGGUGGUGAAUAAGUUGGAGCAGAAAAUGAGAUCUGGAUGGUCGGUGGAGAAGAAGAAGAAGAAGAAGAAGGAAAAAGACUUGCAGGAAGAAAGGUGGUUCUUAGAGAACGGAAGCAUUUUGUUAGAAAAACUUACCGCUGAUUGUAAUGGUAAAUCCGUUCCUUUACGCACCUUUUCUUCUGACCAGAUCCUUAAAGCCACCAAUAACUUCGACUCCAGCUGUUUCAUCGCCUUCGAGGGGCUUCACACGUGGUGGUACAGAGGCAUCAUCGAAAACAGAACUUACAUGAUCAAAAGGUACCUUGUGGACAAAGGUACAGAACACAAAGUGGCAGAGGUUUACAAUGACUUUGUCUUGUCUGCUCGGAUGAGCACCCACAGCAACUUUCUCAAACUACUAGGAUGCUGUUUGGAGUCUAGUUACCCUGUUCUUGUGUUUGAAGAUGCACAACAUGGGGUUUUGAAUCAGCGAGGAGGUGUUAUGGUUAACUGGGAGGAAUCUUUUCUGCCAUGGAAUGUUCGGUUAAAGAUUGGUAAGGAGAUUGCAAACGCGUUAUCUUAUCUUCACACGGCGUUCCCUAAGAUCACAAUCCAUAGAGAUGUUAAGCCAACACAUGUUUUCUUGGACAAGAACUGGACUGCCAAGUUGUUCGGCUUCUCACUCUCUAUUACAUUACCUGAGGGAAAAACAAAAAGCGCAACUGUUCCAGUGGUGGGGACAUCCGGGUACAUCGACCCAUCGUACCGUGUAACAGGUUCGGUAACAGAAUAUACUGAUGUGUACAGCUUUGGAGUCUUUUUGCUGGUUCUUCUCAGUGGCAGACCGGUGUUCUUCACCGAUUAUUCUAAUGGCAAGCGAGAAGGAGUUACUGGCUACGUGAAAGGCUUAUAUGAGAAAGACAAGCUUGAUGAAGUGAUUGAUACAAAGAUGGUGAAAGACAUGACAAGUGGUCAACGGUUUCAAGUGGAAGCAUGUGUUGCACUUGCUCUGAGAUGCUGUGAGAAGAUAGAUGAAUAUAGGCCAAAGAUGAUCGAAGUAGCUAAAGAACUCAAGCGGAUUCAGACAUCAUUUUAGAGUUCUUCUCUGUUCUUGGACUAUGAAGCCAAGUUUCAAAUUUCAUACCUGAAUAAAGAAAAUUAUCUCAGGGAAGACGAUUAAAUAAUCUGUUACAUAAUUUUAGUUGUAACGCUUAAGUACUAUGUUCUAUUCUACCUUCUGUCCUUAGUGUUUAUAAGCUUCAAUGAAGUUUCAUAUGUUUUCUUU